AUGGCUUCACGACUCAAGUCGGUCCUUAUAACCGGUUGCUCUGCAGGUGGUAUUGGUGGUGGGCUGGCCGAUGCCUUCCAUGAAGCGGGAUAUCAUGUCUUCGCCACAGCGCGUACACCUUCAAAGAUCUCACCAUCCCUCGCCAAAGCACCCAAUGUCACAAGCUUAGCUCUUGACGUGCUGUCGCCCGAGUCGAUCGCUGCGGCUGUUGAGAGCGUUACGAGAGUAACAGGCGGCAAGCUUGAUGUCCUUGUUAACAACAGCGGCACACUCAUGGUCAUGCCAGCUUUGGAUGUGUCGAUAGAGGAGGGCAAGAGACAUUUUGACACCAACUACUGGGCUGUCCUCGCUAUGGUCCAGGCUUUUGCUCCGCUCCUGAUCAAAGCAAAAGGUUAUGUGGUGAACAACACAUCUGUGAGCGGAUUGGUUCCGUUUGGGGCUUUUGGGUCCAUCUACAACAGCUCCAAGGCCGCUGCAAUUCUCGGAAGCGAAACAUGGCGUCUAGAGCUGGCGCCUCUCGGGGUUCGCACCCUGACCCUUGUGACAGCCGGGGUGAAGUCGAAUGCCUUCAGCAACGUAAAGCCGCCGAUCAUACCCAAGACCUCGUACUACUACGGAAUCAGAGAUUGGAUUGUAGAACAAUUGGAUGGCAGAAUGCAAAAGGAUGGCAUCACAGCCAAGGAGUUCGGUGACAAGGUCGUCCGUCAAGUCGAAAAAGGCACCACAGGAAAAUACUGGGUGGGUGGAGGUGCAGCGGGUGCUCGCAUCGCUGCGUGGCUGUUGCCAGACUGGAUGAUGGACAUGCUCAUAGUCUCCAUGUUUCCGUUUGGCAAAAUGCUACAAGCCCAAUCCAAAGUAAAGAACAAUUGA